CUCUUUGUCCUACAUAGAUCACUAAAACAUGCUUUCUCUUCCACCGCUGCCGCCGCCGCCACAGCUCUCACCCCCACCAAGAAAACAAUCAAAACCAAUUUCACUUGACCAAAUUGUCAUAUCAACAAAACAAACAAGAAACCAAAAUUCUAUUGAAACAAGUGCACCAAAUUCUGUUACAACAAAGCUAAUUAGGCCACCAACAACACCACUAAGACAACCUCAACCAAAGAGAACAAAUCCAAUCAUAUGGUUCACUGCAGUUCUAUGCCUAAUAUUCAGUCUUGUCCUUAUCUUCUUUGGUAUUGCAACAUUGAUUAUCUUCCUUAUCAUAAAACCAAGAACCCCCAUUUUUGAUAUUCCAAAUGCAAACCUCAAUUUGGUGUACUUUGACUCUCCAAAUUACAUCAAUGGUGACUUCACCCUCCUUGCAAACUUCACCAACCCCAACAAAAAAAUCAAUGUCCUUUUCGAGUCUUUAGACGUCGAGCUCUUCUUCUCUGAGAGGCUCAUAUCGGCACAGUCGAUAGAGCCGUUCGCUCAGAGAAGAAGAGAAAGCAAGUUGCAAUCAGUGAACUUCAUAUCUAGCUUGGUGUUUUUGCCUCAGGAUAUUGGUGUGAAGCUUCAAAAGCAAGUUCAGAACAAUAGGGUAAUCUACAAUGUGAAGGGAACAUUUAGAGUGAAAAUCACCAUUGGUCUAAUUCAUGUAUCUUAUUGGUUGCAUAGUAGAUGCCAGAUUGAGAUGACUGGUCCACCAACUGGAGUAUUAGUAGCAAGAAACUGCAUAACAAAGAGAUGAACAUAAGGUUCUGCUUUGCUUGUUUGAUUUAAUGUUUUCUACACUAUAUAGUUGUGCAUAAGAAUGAUUCUGUAAAGUGUUUGAUAAAUAUACCAUAUGAUACAGAUGGUAAAAGAAUGAAAAAGGGAAAAUGAUUAGAUGAU